UGUCAGGAGUCAGAGGGCAACUUUACAACUGAUUUACUGGAAACUCUUAAUUCAUCAGUGAUGUUAAAGAUGUUAAUUUGUUCAUUUUAAUUGCACCCUGGUAUGACUGUGGUCACAGAGAGGAUGGCAGGCACCAGAUGCCUUGUAAGGAGACACCUUCACACUGAACUGAUCGUGCUUCAGUGGUUCAGUCAGCAACAUUUUGUUCUGAACUGCUGCUCUUGUGUUUCAUUAUUUCACCUUCAUAUUUUAACUGCAUUGCCCCAAAGAGCCAUUAAAGCCUGUAUACAGAGAGAGUUUAUUUUCAUUAGUCUUGGAAACAGUCAGAUUAAAAAAAAUUAUAUAAAUCAGACGGUUUACAACUACCAGAUGUAAAACGAAACCGUGAACAAACUGCAACUUCAACAUCUUUCUUGUAAAAGGUGAGAUGGCUACUUGAAGCCAUGUGGUGGCGCCAGAGUCACAUGGAUCCCUAAAUUCCAGUCUUAUUCACAGUAGCAGGUGUUACUGCCUGUGUAUAUCCAGGAGCACGACGGCUGACCUUUAGCUGUCUGCACCGUGUGGUCACGACUGCAGCGUCAGCCAAGAUCACUCACCAGUGUGUCUUUCACCGGUUUGAUUCAAACACCCAAGUGACGUGAGUGUGUUUGCGAGCUGGAAGUUGUCACUGUGCAAACUAAAUUAAUAAUUUUUAAAAAAGUGUUUAUAUGGAGUCCAUAGCUCUUCAAUAACACCUCACAAGGUGCGGGACAGUCACGGCUGCGUUUAGUCUAAUGGGACUGGAUUUAUAUGCCAGGUUAUUCAUCCAUCGCCGACGACUGGGCUGUAACUGUAAAAAGUACAAUUUGUGACGGUGAGAUUACACGUCUCAACGUUUAAAGGGUUAAAAACGUGGACGACUUGCUGAACAAAACCUGAUAUCAGUGACAUCAAGCAUUUUACUUGUCUCCGAGGAGGAGGGAGUAAGACCCCAAAGGUAGAUCUUGGGUUUGUCUCUCUGCACUGAUGCGCGCCGACCUUGGAGUCUCCAAACGCGCAGCGGAGGAUUUUGCGCACUGAAAACAAGUAGAGCAGCUGAGGAGAGCGCACAGCGAGCGGACUGCCGUCUGACUGACUGCAGUCCUGCCACUGGGAUACGGGCUCACUUGGCUAUACAGACCGAGUACAUCGCCAUUGUGUUAGCACCACCGCAGCUCGGGAUUGAGGAGGGAACAAUAAAGCGUGCAGUUUAUUUCGGUUGGGCUUCUUUCGCAACUUAGAGGAGCGUGUUUCAAACGAGCCACUCAGUGUGUAGCCGCUUCAGCUCGUUUGUAGAGAAAUCCAAGUGUCCCAGCAGCUCGGCGAAAAUUCACUCAACAUCCUGAGAGACGGAGGACGUUUGAGGGGAUUUUAGGACUCUUUCCCGAAAGUGGAUUGAACAAGGAUGACACCAGCCGCCUCCCGCAAUUAACUGAGGUAUUACAUUAGAAAAGAAACGGUGAUCACAGCAAUGCUUCAACGGCAUGUACGUCUGUCCCUCUCCAAAUCUCCCACAGAGGAUUUAAGCGCCGCUCAUUUCGAAUAAGUCGAGAAGUCUGUGAACAUGAGAGCUCUGCAAACAGUCCUGUUUCUUUUCCUCCUGCAUCAGGUCACAUGCAGGAAAGUGCACGGGGGAGCCACGGAGCUCAUCACAUGGGGCGACAGUGAUAAUGAACAGAAGAUUUCUCCCACAGGAGCCAGUCCACGGAUCCUCAACCCCCUGCGUUUGUUUGCCAGGGGCUCCCCUGGGUUCAAGACUAACAUGAGGGAAAAUACAUAUUUACAGAACAUGGAGGACUUCUGGGACUGGUUAUCUAACCAGACAGAUGUUCAGGGUGCACAGGCCAGAACUAAACGCAGGCCUAUCGUCAAGACUGGCAAGUUCAAAAAGAUGUUUGGGUGGGGGGACUUCCACUCCAACAUCAAGACUGUCAAACUCAACCUGAUGAUCACAGGGAAGAUCGUGGACCAUGGGAACGGCUCAUUUAGCGUUUACUUCCGCCACAACUCCACGGGCCUGGGGAAUGUGUCAGUCAGCCUGGUGCCCCCCUCCAAAGUGGUGGAGUUUGAGAUCGCCCAGCAGUCCACGCUGGAGACCAAAGACACCAAAUCGUUCAACUGUCGCAUUGAGUAUGAGAAGACGGACCGCAACAAGAAGACUGCCCUGUGUAACUAUGAACCAUCCAAGGUGUGCUAUCAGGAGCAGACGCAGAGCCAUGUGUCUUGGCUAUGUUCUAAACCCUUCAAAGUCAUAUGCAUCUAUAUAGCCUUUUACAGUGAAGACUAUAAACUGGUGCAGAAGGUAUGUCCUGACUACAACUACCAUAGUGACACGCCCUACUCGUCCACAGGAUGAUCUAGCAGUUGUUAGUAUGCAUCAACCUUUUGUUCGACCUUUGAUGUAAAUGUCAACCUUUAAGCUCCUUGUCCCCAAAUACCUAAAUACCUGAGACAUGUUGCAGAAAGUGCAGCUUAUAAUGGGAUACACUCUAGAGAGAUUUGAUGUAUUGUUACAUGAAACCUUUGUAUAUACUGCAGGCACGUAUACAGAUCUGAAACUUGAGACAGUUAGGUGUCCAGGGAUUUGGUUUUAGGGGUUGAUCUGGGAUUCUGAGCUAGCUACCAACCCUGGGUGACUCCUCCCCAUCUCAACAGCACAUGUUCUGCGUAAACCUCUGGUAUAAUUAGCAUGUUGUCCAGAUGUUUUCUUCAAGGCUAGACCAUAGGCAAGCAGCCUCCCAGUUGGGAAGUGCAUCCUGACUUCUGUGCCAGUGCUGCAUUGAAGCUAAUGUAAAGCAAUUUCCUCACCUCAGCCAGUCAUGGGAUGAAAUAUGACAAAACUUUCAAUCAUGUUAAUUAUUUCAUUGCCAAGGCAUUCGAAUAGUCAUUCAACGGGGCAUAAAAUUAGAUAUUCUACAUUUGAAACACACUGACUGAUUAGUCAAAAUGAUCUGUUCAUUGCGUUUGAACCAGAGCUAACAUCCGUUUGUACCUGUUAACACAACAAAGACAGGAUCGUUUGUAAUAUUUUAAAUUAAUUUGAUCAAUGGGUAUUUUUUCAAGCAGCUCUGAAUAAUGAAUAUGGCCUUACAGUCUAUGUUUUACCUCUAACAGGGAGUGAAAUGAAGUGAAUUGAGUGAUUAUACAAAAUAAACUGAUCUGACAGACACAUCUAAUCCAAAGGCAAUCAGGAAGUCUAGUCAUAAGUCAUUACACAUGUAGGAACCCAUCAUCGUAUAACCUGGCUGCAGGCUUGUGUGCUCCUUAAAAUGUGUUGGUUUUCUGCCACAAUCAUCAUAAGGCAGGUGUAUGCUGUGCUGAAAUCCAGCAUCUGUGUUUGCAGGAUGCACUUUGAGGCAUCAGCCUGCUGAAGGGCCCCGCAGUGGAUUAAUGUGUCAGGAGAGGCGGGGGGCAGGGGGAGCGAUAAUUGCAGGACAGGUGGAUUUAGUGAGUCUGGCAGACAAUUAUCAGCACUUUGUCAUGGUCCUGCCACCAGCCCUGACAUUACCUGUCUUUAAUAGGCUUUAAUUAGCCUGGGAAAUUUCUUUUACCUAAGACUAUGAGUGGAGAAACCAAAAGCCAAAACAAAAAAAAAAAAGAAAGAAAAAAAGAAAAAUCUGUCUGGAAUUUUAAUGAGAAGUGGGACUAAAUUUCAAAAUGUCAGACAUUUCCCGAUUGUACAGCAGAUUUAAGUUGACUGACUUUUGUGUUAAAGUGGAUAACAUCCAGUCUUGUUGUAAAUGGUGUAAUGUGCUUUGACUUGCAAUCACUGACAUGGUUUUAAAAGGUUCUGUUGAAAACCAUCAACACAUUGUCAUAAGUUGUGCUGAUUGCGUGUAUUCGGGGUCUUUAGACUAGGGAAUGUGCCAAUGACUUAGCACAUGGCAAUUAUUUUGGACAAUGUUACUCUAUUUUCUGUAUCCAAUGUCUUUCCCCAUCAGCUGUAAAUGAUCCCGUCACAUGAUACCCGAGGAGAGGUGCACGAUAAGGAAAUUAAUGAAUUCGAGUUGAUCUGUGUGGAUGUUUUAGUUCUGCUCCUUUGUGCAAAUACUAUAUAUUAACAUGUAACUCUAAAACUAAAUGUGUUUACUUAUGGCUUCAGAGUAAACAAUGUCAGUUUAUUCUUUUUUUUCCCCAAAGAAAUAUAUCAGUGAAGUAUACCGUUCCUUAUUUUUGGUGUUUGUUAAGCGAUAUCAUGUAAAUGAUGUAGAUGUCAUAUUUAUUGCUCACAGUUAGAGAUUGCUUUGAUUUCCAUUUUUGUAAUCCUUGCAGAUUGUACCCUAUUUUGAGUUCCUGCUUGCUUAUUCUUGUUUAAAACAGUUUCCUCUGUAAGAUGGGAAAUAAGAGCACUGCUGUGUGUAUAGUGUAAGUAAAAAUGUUCAUUUUGGAAUAUUUGAUUUCAUCUUGGAUUCAUUUUAUUAAUAUGAAAUUGUAAAGAAAUUUUAGGUUUGUAUGGCAUUAAACCUUAUUUGAACUUGACUCCCA